AUGGCCUUGACCGCCGUGCCUCGGGGCACGUAUCAAUUUUUGGACAGUGAGGAAGCGCGUGCUGCUUUGCUUGAUCGGUAUGACAAUUUUUUGUUCGACUGUGAUGGUGUGCUUUGGUCAGGAAACGAGGCUCUGCCGGGUGUAACAUCCUUCCUUCGAAAAUUACGUGCGCGGGGAAAGCGAUUGCUGUUCGUGUCGAACAAUGCCUCCAAGAGUCGACGGACCUUGCUUGAAAAAAUCAAGGCCAUGGGGAUUGAGGGGACGGAAGAGGAGGUGUUUUCGUCGGCCUAUGCAACGGCUGCCUAUCUGAAAGAUGUGCUUCAUUUUCCCACCGAUCGUAAGGUGUAUGUGAUUGGCAUGCAAGGUCUCCGGGACGAGCUGAGCCAUGUGGGCAUUUCGCAUGUGGGCGGCGCGGAUGACGAUAGCGUUGGUCUGGAAGGGCUGGACUUUGCGCCUCUUGCGCAGGAGGGGGUGGUCGACCCGUCUGUCGCCGCCGUGGUGUGCGGCAUCGAUACCAAGAUCAACUACCGCAAGAUGGCCAAGGCGCAUGUCUAUUUGACUCGACCGGGCGCACAAGGCCCGGCUCGUUCUGGUGAGAAGAAUGGCGGAUGCCAUUUUGUGUGCACGAAUGGUGAUGCUACGUUCCCCACAAGUUACGGUAUGUUCCCUGGAGCGGGGGCUAUCUGGGCCGGCAUCCAGUACGCUUCCGGCCGUGAGCCUGUUGUGGUGGGCAAACCUAAUCAGCCUAUGAUCGACACCAUCUUUGCGAGGUUUGACUUUGACAAGUCACGAACGAUCAUGGUGGGCGAUCGACUCAAUACGGACAUUGCCUUUGGUCAAGCUGGCGAUAUCGAUACGCUCCUUGUGUUAACAGGUGUGAGCUCCCUGGAGCACGUACAUGCGGACGAUGCCGCGGCUGUGCCGACGUACGUCGUGAGUGGUCUGUGUGACAUGGAUCGCGCUAUAGAUUAG